AUGUCUCAUGAGAGCACUAAAGUCGUCUCCAUGGUGAGAUUACUCGAUUCAGCCAGGUAUUGGUGGAAUGGGAGUGGAUCCGAGAACGAGGACUCUCACGACAAUGAUUCUCCUGACGAUUGGGGGUUCAAGGUGAUUGCUAAUCCUGAUGACGCAACUAUAGACAUCGUUGCCAUUCAUGGGUUAAACGGACAUCGAGAUAAGAGUUGGACCGCACCCAAUGGAGUCAACUGGCUGAAGGACUUUCUACCAGGAUCAUUCCCAAAGGCUCGGAUCCUGACUUAUGGAUAUGACGCCAGAACCCAUGCUUCGACAGCCUUAUCUAGUUCAACUUUGAACACGAUUGGUCAACACUUUCUCUCGGAAUUCUGCCUCUUUCGGGCAGACAUCGAUAACUGCACGACGCGUCGACCGGUUAUCUUCCUCGCUCACAGUCUUGGAGGAUUAGUGUUGAAAAGUGCACUUUUGCAAUCUGAAAACAGGAAUCGGCUUCAUCUAUAUUUCCAAAAAGAUAUGAAGCUAUCCACGUACGGCAUCGUGUUUUUUGGCACCCCUCAUUCUGGCGGUGAAGGGGUGACGCUGGCGCAAAUCGGCCUCCAAAUCAUGUCCGUGUAUCAGACUGUAAAUGACAAGGUGAUUCAGCAUCUGGAGCCCCAGUCAGAAUGGCUUCGGGAUCAGGUCGAGAAUUUUAAGAAAAUCAGUCCUGAUUUCCACAUCAUUUUCUGCUAUGAGGAUGUCAAAACCCCGGUCAUCGGCGGGAAGACCAUGAUGAUCGUCCCUUUUUGGUCAGCAGUCGUCAGCGGUGUGGUGAAUGUUGAGUCAUUGGCUAUCAGGAAGAAUCACCAUACUAUGGUGAAAUUUGGCGAUGCGAACGAUAACGAUCUGAAGAAUAUAAAGGUGCAUUUGCGAAUCAUGGAGCAGCAAGCGUCAGCAAAGAUUCGCGAGAACUGGGACAAAGAGAACCGAGGGUCAAGUCCAGCCUCGCGCUCCAGCUCACAGACAAGAAAGCACUCCCUGGAACAAUGGUUAGAUGACCUGAGGAAGACUCCCAUUGUCGACAUCCCGCGUAGCCUACCCUUAGCUACAAACAUGUUUGUCGGCAGAGUUGAGAUCUUAUCGAGGAUUCGUAAGGCUUUGAAUAACACUGGUCGGCAAGUUGUGGUCCUUCAUGGAACUGCCGGCUCUGGCAAGACGGAACUGGCCCUCAAAUAUGCCGAACACUAUUCCAAAGAUUUCAAGUCAAUCUUCUGGGUGACUGCAUCCACCGCGACUCUUUUGCAACAAUCCUUUGGCGCCAUCGCACAGGCUAUCGUCCGUGCCUACGCCGCUACUAUCCCAGCACCCCCUCCACCUUACGGUAAAAUCGCGGAGAUGAUAGGCCUGAAGGGAAUCGUCGAUGGAGACGGGAUCUUACAAGAACAGAGCGGGAACGCAGACAUUAUUUGCCGGGCAGUUCGAAAAUGGCUAGAUCAUCCGAGUAACGGACCGUGGUUGCUGAUUUUCGACAACUAUGAUCAGCCAGAAGCUUUUCCAAUUCGCGAGAGCUUUCCUUCGAAUUCUCGUGGAAAAAUUCUAGUCACAACUCGUCGUCGUGAUCUGGCAAGCUUAGGUCGCGGCAUAGAAGUUGAGUCUUGCAAUGCCGACGAUGCUCUGCAGAUCUUCCAGAACAGCUGCCAAAGACAUUCCGGGUUCGCUGAUUCAGAAAUUGAUUUGGCGCGUCAAAUCCUCGGGAAAUUGGGCAACUCACCGCUGGCGAUCGAUCAUGCUGGUUCCUACAUUUUUACGGAACAGGUCUCCUUGCAAUUUUACCUCGACGCGUUUGAACGCCAGGUGAGAAAGCUAUUCGAGAAGAAACCUCCAGGCUACGUCUCAGAGUACCAACACUCUGUAUUUUCUUCCUUCAAUCUUUCUUUUGAAGCCAUUGAAGAGUCUGCACCUGAAGCCGCCCGGUCCCUGCUCUUCUGUUCGUUCUACGACGCUAGUGACAUACCACUAGAAGUUCUCCGCAAGUCUGGGGGAUCCAAUGGUGAAAAUCUAACAACGACACUAUUUUCGCACUCUUUGAUAAAGCGAACCUCAGACGAUGCUAUCGAUAUCCAUCCUCUCAUUCAUAUGUGGUGCCGAGAGAAACUGACCAAAUCCGAGAAAGGCAAUUAUGCUGCUCAAGCAUUUCAAAACAUCAUGACAAUCAUCCCUAUCAGUUCGAAUGGGUGGAGCCGAUCCAAAGAGGACUGGGCUAUGGAACGAAAGGCUAUGCCACAUGUGGAGCGAGCUAAAGCCUUUGUUAUGGAAUUCUGUGUCCCGCUGGGAGGAAGACCGGAGCUUCAUCGCUCUUUAAGAGAUCUUGGUAUGAUAUAUCAAACUCACGGAAAGUACAAACAGGCGGAAGAGCUCUACACUUCGGUGCUUGAGGCCCAAGAAAUGUCGACACAUGACAAGUUCGAGACUGCUCUGACGAAAGACGGUCUCGCCAGGGCCAAAUCUAUGCAAGACCGAAACGAGGAAGCAGCCGAACUGUUUCAACAGGCCAGACCAGACAUUCUUAACCGAUUAGGGGCACAAUCACUUGAGUAUCUCCUUCUGCUGUCCGGGCUUGGUACAGUUCGACAGGAUCAGGGCCAUCUUGAGGAAGCUGCGGAACUUUACAAGUCAGCCCUAGAGGGACUACGCCAAAUACAAGGGGUGACAGGUGUCGAAUUUGCUGGAGUAGCGGCUUUCUUGAGCCAGGUGUAUAAACUUCAAGGCCGCUUAGGAGAAGCUGAGGAUCUGUCUCGUCAAAGUGUUCAGGGUAUGCUCAGCCGUUAUGGACCGACACAUCCAGCAACCAUGAAGUGGAAACAAAAUCUUGCCAUUGUGCUUGAAGAAGCGGGAAAGCUGGCAGAAGCUAGGUCGCUUUUGCAAGAAGUUUUGGAGUUCCGACGAGACACCCUCGGAGAGACUCACCCCAGCACACUACGAACAUGGUACAACCUGGCCUGCACUUACUUCGUGGAAGAAGACUUCGAAGAGGCUGAGGCAUACUGUAUCACAUGCCUUGCAGGGCGCAAAAAGGCAUACGAUAAGGAUCAUCCAAUGAUUCUCCGCUCCAUGGAACAGCUGGGAUCCAUUAUGUUCAAGACGGGUCGUCUCGAAGAAGCUAAAAAGGAAUUGGAGUAUGUGAGAGACAAGUUUCUCAAUGUCCACAAGGCCACGCCUCUACCCUUCUACAGCUCAAUGGAGUGGUUGGCUCAAGUGUACGAGCACACACAGCCCAGACGCGCGGCAUCGUUAUUCGAGGAAGUUUGCGACGGCUUUGGAUCCAUCCUAGGCCCGGACCAUCCAAAAACACAAGCUGCCAAAUCAGCACUGGCAAGCUUGAGAGCUCGUCAACCAGAAGAUGAGGGGUUUGUCGAAGACGCAAAUAUUGAGCAAUGA